GCCACCAGAGGAUGUUCGACCAAACUCUGCAAAAAAAAAAACAAUCGCUUGAACUUUUCAGGGGGGGCGGAAACCUUCCCUCGAUCCUUUGCCCAAUAAGCAAAAAACUCGCCCGUGAUGGAAAUAAGGUCGGUAGAGGUGCCGAGUGUCCGAUGAUAAGCUCCACGCCAAUUAACCCGCAGCCGGGCACGUGCGAGCAGCUGUACGCGGCGCGAGGUUCGAAACAGUUUGACUUCUUCCGGGCUUAAACGUUCGACUCUUCCUCGCGUUUUCGGGGCAUUAAUUGAACUUAUUUGAGGGGGUUCAAGGCUCUGCGUCGGUUUCCGUGGCGCAAUUAAUUAGUUUAAUGAGACGUUGCCUCUUUCGCUCACCAGUUAGAACUGUCUGCACUUGUUCGUUCGGAUUGAGAUGGAGUGGCGCCAGCAGACCAGUGUCAGCUGCGAAGAGGCGUUCAGCGAGGCACAGCGCUGGAUUGAGGAAGUGACUGGAAAACUUUUUGGAUGCAGUGACUUCCGUGCUGCAUUGGAGGAUGGGGUCCUGCUUUGCGACUUAAUUAACCAGUUAAAACCUGGAAUCAUCAAGAGGGUGAACAGGCUUUCGACACCCAUUGCAGGACUGGAUAAUGUGAGUGUUUUCCUGAAAGCCUGCGGAAAACUGGGACUCAAUGACUCACAGCUGUUUCAUCCAGGUGACCUGCAAGACCUCUCCACUCGUGUAACACUCAGGCGUGAUGAAAGCAAGAGGCGGCUCAAAAAUGUUCUGAUUACAAUCUACUGGCUGGGUCGCAAAGCUCAACUAGACACAUUUUACAGUGGUCCCCAGCUUAAUUUCAAGGCCUUUGAGGGACUGUUAGGGUUGGCCCUGUCCAAGGCUCUGGAAGAGGGCAGUAUCAUGUUUGUGAAAGACGGUGGGUACAGAGAGUGCCGUUACCCUGAGGAGGACGAAUGUCAGAGCAUGAGGCAGAGUUAUAAGAGAGGAAAUUUGAUGGAUGGUAUAGAGUCACCGGACACACAUGCAGUUCAGGCAAAUGAUGAAGGUUGUGGAAGCGACGCAGAGGCUGAGCAGGUUUUCAGGAUGGAGAACACGAACUCAGCACUCCAAAACAAGGGUUACAUCCCGCCACCGCUGAGAAGAAAACAAGCACUGGAGAAGACGGGAGGCUGCUUGAGUCCACUCCCCAGCACCUUAGAUGCAUCCUUAUCCUCUCAACCCAACCUCACUGUGCCUUCUGAGCAUGGUGUGGAAGAACUUUUUUUGCAAGCUCCAUGUGAGGAAGACUCGGAGGACGAUUGCACAGAAGCAGAUCCUGUACUCGAUGAUUUAUAUUUCCGGCGAGUGCAGCAGACCCUCCAUCAGACAUCUACCAACCCUAACUAUGAUCGCUUCUUACCUCGAAACUGGACACCUGAAGAGGAGAUGCGUGUCCAUAGGAUCUUCCUCGGCUCCCAAAGACGACCGUGGUAUCGUAAAAUGCUCAGUCUGAGUCGGAACGCUUUGAUUUUAGCAGAGGAGCUGGACGUUUCCCUUGAUGUAACGGCUACCAAGCAUCAUGUCAUAAUAUAUCAAAUCCAGGUCAGACCUGAGAGACCAGUUCAGGUCAACCCAGGCUGGAUUUGGAGCAAAUCUCUCAGUGACAUACCCAUGGUUUACCCCAUGCGUAAAGUUUCCGAUGGAAGCGUCAUUCAUGAUAAAGGCCAGGGCACCAGCCUGUCAGGGGAUUGGAAUAAAGAAAACAGAAGACAAUUUAGUGUUGCUGUCAAAGACAGUGAAGCUCAGUGGCAGGAUGAUCUAACAAAGUGGAAGAAUCGGCGCAGGAGCACCAAGUCCGAGCUCCACAGUAGGUCACAGGACAGGGAGCAUGUCAUGCACCAGAUGACCAAUGGUGCUAUCGCUAACAGUGAUACGAAUGAUGUUGAAGGAGGUCCAAGGAAAAGAAACCAGUCCCCCUGGAACUAUAGCUCAAUGCCGCGUCCUUACUCGGCCUGCUCUCCAUCAAAACCCUCGGGUUCUGAACUGAGGCAACAUUCUCGAGCUCUGCUGGCUCGCAGCUACGCUACUGACACAGAGCCUUCCAGCCCCUCAAUCCGUACUCAGAGAUCAUCACUUAGUGCCUUGCCUGCCUCUGAUGUGAGCAUCUUGGGAGUAGAGACCACCGUUGCAUCUCUGGCCUCUGAAGGAGCAGCAGCGACUAUGCCUUUAGACCUUCCUUUCACCUCGCAGAGCCAAAUUCCUCUCCAGUCCACAAUUGAAAAUUCCCAGACCCUCAAUGCCGUAACAAAUGAGAUUUGUUCUCCUCUUACAACAACUGAGUCGAAUGACACUGUGAAUUCUUCCAGCAACUGGGAUCGUACUUCAUCCAUGUCAGUUUUUGACACAGAUCCAUCCUGCAUUGAUCCCAAAGGUAAAACUUUCUGCCCAGAAGCACUUAAUCAGGCUGGACUCGAUGUCACUAAGAAGUCGACCGCUCAGCACUACCAAUCCCAAGAGGGAAGCCAGAAGUCAUUUUGGGACCGAGCAGGGGAUGGAUUGACUCGGCAGGAAACCGGCGCCUUAAAGUACCAGUCCAGAAUGGGGUCACUGCCCAGCACAGCCAGCCUUCCCCGUGGUUACCGUCGGUCUGAGGGGUCCUCCCGUCUCUCCUCGGCUAUAACAGCCAAACCAUUUGCGGCCAAGCUGCCCAGAGUGUCUUCAUUACCAAGACCGUUUAGCCUGGAUGCAGGUUCGCUUAUGAACAAUGAGGAGGAUUGUCUUUCUGCAUCCACCAAACCAUCUUUCAAAAGACAGAUGGCGGCCGCCCAUCUGAGGGGUCAGUACCAGGUAUCAGUCAGACAGAAGAAAGCCAGCCAGGCAAAGCAGAAUGGCAAAGAACCGAGAGAAGACGCGAGCAGUUCCAGCUUCUUCAGCCAGACUUCCUUACAGAACAAUGGCCAUCCCCAUCUGCCCAGGACUUAUUCAAACCUACAGCCUUACCACCGCAAAAGCGUGUCGCUUCCAUCCAAGAUGAGCACUGAGCUCCUAAAGGUGGAUCACAGUGACAUGAGAGUGAGCCUGACUCUUAAACCCAACAGUGUACCCGACUUUGGUUUCCACACUCACUGGGACUCCACAGGGGCAAGAAUAACAUUUGUUCUGCCAGGCAGUCCGGCCGAGCUUUGUCGCCUUUCUGUGGGUGAUGAGAUUGUGGCAGUUGAUGGGGUUGCUGUGGCACACAUGACCUACAACCAAUGGAAGGAUAAAAUGGCAUCUUCUUUGCAAACCGGCAGUCUGACCAUAGACAUUCGACGCUACGGCAUCAAGGAUUGGAGCACCACAAGUCAUCACAACCAAUCGAGCCAGAGCAGGAUGACUCUUAAUCUGACUGCUACAGCACCUGUUCUGAUUGGCUGCCCUGGUCCUCAUGCCAGGAGUGCUGCCCCUACAGAAACAACUGACACACAAGUACUUCAAAAUGAACCUGCAGGUGGAAUGGUCUCUGACAACCCCAGUACAGCCAGAAGAGGCUCAGAGUCUGCGAUAUCUGAUCUCCAGGUGCCAUCCCUCGGCCCAUCCUCAUCUGACUGGUCUUGGGACCGUGAGGAAGAUCGCAGGCGUCAGGAGAAGUGGCAGAAAGAGCAAGAGCGCCUCUUAAAGGAGCAAUACCAAAGGGACCAGGAGAGGCUGGAGGCCGAGUGGCAGAGGGCACAGCAGGAUGCAGUGGAAGGCAGGAAGUCCGGGAAUGAGAUGUCUCAAAAGAGCUUUGCCAGUACUACAUUUUAUGUGAAUGGACUCAAGAAAACAGAAGAAAAACUGAGUUCUGACGGGGACGAGCUAAAAGAGGCAGCAACACAAAGAGUGCAGAAUGACAAGAUCACUGAGAAAGAGUGGGGAAAGUCCUUGUCUACUCCGGUGUUAGCUGGACCUUACAUACAGACCGGAGAUAAUUGGAAACGAAAAGGACAAUCUAAAGCUGAGCAAGAGAGGCAGCAGAUUUUAGAGGAGAUGAAGAAAAGGACUCAGCUUCUGACAGACAACAGCUGGAUACGUCAGCGCAGCAGCAGUUUUCAUAAGGAACCCAUCUGUGUCGGUGUUUCCAUGAAAAGAUAUGAGUCUCUGGACAACCUGGAUGCUCUGCGUCAGCCGCCUGACUCAGCCAGCACGUUCUCGUACUCUCGCUCACACUCGGCUGCCGGAGGCUACUGUGCUCCAACUAGGAAUGCCUCUUCCCGCUACAGCACUGGAUCCAUAUCAUCACAGAGAAAUGCAUACACAGAGUCCUCGCAUCAUGCAAGGAUGGUCAGUGGCAGGAGGACUUGCUGUGUGUGUGAGCGUGUGCUGGGUAGUGGGGCGGCCAUGGUCAUAGAGGCCCUUAGUCUCUGCUUCCACCUUACCUGUUUCCAGUGUGUUGGCUGCUACCGACGUCUGGGAAGAACAGAGGCUGGAGUCCAGGUCCGCAUCCGUGACAGGAAGCCCUACUGCGACUAUUGCUAUUUCCAGCUCAAAUUCUGCAGUCCCCGCCAUGUGACCGUCAACCUGUGCUCAGGAUUGAAGAGUAAAGGCUAUAACUAGCAAAGACUUUAGGGGGGAACUAUCCACCUUGCCAAUUCCAGACAUUAUUUUCUAAUUAUUGGUAAGAUUUAGGUCAUGUAAAAGAAAAUCUUUGACAUUCUGAGGAUUCACAAGUGAUAUAGAUUCUUGGUGGCUUAUUUUUCCAGGUCAUACUUAGUU